CGGGAUCAGUGCAUGCUGUUGAGCGUAUGGGUUUUCCGCGACAAAAAACGCACAGCCCGCAAAAAACGAUCAUGGUUUUUCUGCCAGUCGCUGGGAGCCCACGGUUUUUACAUUCCACAGCGCGUUUUUAAUAACCUCACUUACGAAUUGAUGUACGUGUCGACCGGGUUUUUUCGGGUUUCGAUCGGUAUUGACAGUUGCAAGGAGUUGAAGACUUGUAGCGCGGAGUUUUCGUGAAACGAACGUCGACUAGGUGCCAUUUGGGAUUUUACAUAGUGGGUGUGCAAAACAGAGCACGUGUACUUUGAUUUUUGUGAACGUUGUGGUGGUUGUGAGUUCCCUUGCAAGUUUAGGAUGAACAUGUAUCCCUGGUACAGAGACUCAGUGGGUGGUCAGUUGGGCCAGUUGUGUGGCCCAAUGGCCACAACGAUCAAGACU